GGAAGAGGAGGAGCAGCCCCGAGCCCACGCGGUUGCCCCGCUCAGGCCGCAGCUGCCCCGGCUCCGCCGGCAUCGCCCGCCCGGCAGCCGCAGGUGAGCGGGGAGCGGCAGCUCGCCCCGGCGGGGAAGGCGGGAGCCCCGGAGCGGGGAGAGCGCCGAGGGGCGAUGGCGGAGCCCGGGGACCCCCGGCAGGCUGGAGGGGUGGGGGAGGCCGGGGAGGAGCGGGCUCCGGGCCCCCCGAGGCUGGAAGGGGGGCGCUGCCUUGUGCAGCCGCGCUCGGGCAGCGGCACCAUCGAAGGCAGCGCGCCCAGCCCUUGUUCUCCCCCAGAGCAGCAUUUCCCACUCCCCAGCCUCGGCCCGAUGCAGCAGCAGCAGCAGCAGCAGCAGGAGGAGGAGGAGGGGGCGGCGAGGAAGAGGAAGAUGGCCCGGGAGCCCCAGGCAGAGCAGGAGCCGGGCGUGGAGAGCAGGGAGGAGAAAUCCCCGCGGCAGAAGCUGCUGGAAGAGGCCCUUUGGAGUGGCUCCGCGGCGCAGGAACCCAACGGGGAGGAAAAGCCCCGGAGAUGCCUCGCGAGGAGGGGCUGCGAGCGCGGAUGGCGGGGAUCGCAGGGGGAAAGAGCCAGCCCGGGCCGGGGAGGCGGCCGGAGCUCGGAGCUGGGGGUCCACGAGCCGCUCCAGGAUGGGGAGAAGCCCCACGAGUGCUCGGAGUGCGGGAAGAGCUUCAGGUGGAGAUCCGCGCUGAGCCGCCACCGCAGAGUCCACACGGGGGAAGAGGUCUACAGGUGUGAGGUGUGCGGGAAGAGCUUCAGGUGGGAAAUCUCCCUGAUCCGCCACUCCAAUAUCCACACGGGGGAGCAGCUCUACAAGUGCUCGGAAUGCGGGAAGAGCUUCAGGUGGAGAUCCGCCCUGAUCUGCCAUCGCAGAAUCCACACCGGGGAACGGCCCUACAAGUGCGACCAGUGUGGCAAGAGUUUCGUGCUGAGCUGCACCCUGGUUGUCCACCAGAGGAGCCACACCGGGGAGAGGCCCUACGAGUGCGGGGAGUGCGGGAAGAGCUUCAGUUCGAGCUCCCACCUGAGCGUCCACCAGAGGAGCCACACGGGGGAGAGGCCCUACAAGUGUGACCAGUGCGAGAAGAGCUUCAGCAGGAGCUCCCAGCUCGUCUACCACCAGACGACGCACAGUGGGGAGAAGCCCUACGAGUGUGAUCAGUGCAAGAAGAGGUUUAAGAAAAGCUCGCUUCUCCUCCUGCACCAGUGCACGCACGCGGAGGAGAGGCGCUUCCGCUGCCGCGACUGCGGGAAGGGCUUCGAGCAGAACUCUGACCUCGUCGAGCACCGGAGCAUCCACAUCGGGGAGUGCCCCUACGAGUGUCCCCAGUGUGGGAAGAGCUUCCCCAGGAGCUGCCAGCUGAUCGUCCACCAGAGGAGCCACGCGCGGGAGAAGCCGUACGAGUGCGGGCAGUGCGGGAAGAGCUUCGGUGACAACUCCAGCCUGAUCGUCCACCAGAGGAGCCACGGCGCGGAAUGGCCCUACAAGUGUGGGGAGUGCGGGAAUAACUUCAGCACAAAGUCCAGCCUGAACGUCCACCAGAGGAUCCACAGCGGGGAGAGGCCUUUUGAGUGCGAUCAGUGCCAGAAGAGGUUUGUGACCAGCUCGUCUCUCAUCGUGCACAAGCGCAUCCACACGGGGGAGAGGCCCUUCCGCUGCCCCAGCUGCGAGAAGAGCUUCAACCAGAGAGCCGCCCUCAUCGCCCACUGGCACGUCCACACCAGGGAGAAACCCUACGAGUGUGCCCAGUGCAGGAAGAGCUUCUCGCACAGCUCGACGCUGUCCAGGCACCAACGGAGGCACCAUAAGGGCAGCGCUGAGACAUCCCCGAGCGCGGGAAGAGCUCCUUGCGCCGCUCCAGCUCCGACCCCCGCGGGAGGAUCCGCGCUGGAUGAUCCCCGGCGGGCAGAGCCCCGGUGAUCCGUGUUGGGAAGACACCUGCCUGGGGGGCUCCGCGUCCUCCCGGCUCCCCGUGGCCCAGAUUUUCUUUCCGUUUCUUUUUUUUGUACUUUCCAAACACCCAAAGCUGGGUUAAAAAUAAAAAGAUGUUGAACUAAGACAAGGAUUGGUGACGUGGGGGGGAUCCUCCAGGGGAUGAGGGGGAUGUUGAGUCCGAGGGAGCUGAGGGUUUCCAGGAGGGACUUGGGGGUUGCUCAGGGCUUUGGGCACCCCAGGCCCAGCGGCUCUGGCUGAGCUGGGAGACCCUGGCGGAGGUUCUGGGGCAGCUGAUGGAGGAGCCCCUGCCCUGGAGGUGUCCCCAUGUCC